CAGGGAGGGUUCUCUUUUGCCAGCUUUCCUUUGUGGUCUGGUGGGCGUCCAACCAAUAAAGACAAAUACAACAAUAUUCAAACUCUUUGUAGAAAGAUCAUCAUCAUCGCCAAUUCCACCAAAUCAAGCCCAACUCUUCUAGGAUUCUGAACAUUGUCAAUUCCUGGCUCUCCUUGGAUACCCCAAUUUUUCAACCCAAAUCUAUCAAGCUUCUCUUAACCUCUGUUCAUCUGGGUAGUUUUUUUUUAGCUUUGAUUUGGGUUUGGGUCUCCUGAGAUAUACCAGAAAAUUUAUCCCAAAUCUAUCAAUCUUCUCUUCUAUAUAAGAAAUCAAAUCAACCUCUGGCCAUCUUGGUAUUUUUUUUAAGCUUUGAUUUGGGUUUGGGUCUGCUGAGAAAGCCCGAAAAUUUUAUCCCAAAUCUAUCAAUCUGCUCUUCAAUAUAAGGAAUCAAAUCAACCUCUGUUCAGCUUUGUGGUUUUUGGCUUCGAUUUGUAAGAAGGGUCUGAGAAUGCUCAACAUGAUGGAUCCUGAGAUGAUCAGAAUGGCUCAAGAACAGAUGAGUCGCAUGUCACCCAGUGAGUUGGCUCGGAUUCAACAACAGAUGAUGUCUAAUCCCGAGUUGAUGAGAAUGGCUACAGAAAGCAUGAAAAACAUGAAGCCUGAAGACUUCAGAUAUGCUGCUGAACAGAUGAAACAUACCCGUCCAGAGGAAAUGGCUGAGAUUGGUGAGAAGAUGGCCAAUGCAACACCUGAAGAGUUUUCUGCUAUGCGUGCCCAUAUGGAGGCGCAGAUUACUCAUGACAUAAAUGCAGCUCAAAUGCUGAAGAACCAGGGCAAUGAACUUCACGGCCAGGGAAUGUUUAAUGAUGCCUUGCAGAAAUAUUUGCUCGCAAAGAAAAAUCUAAAAGGCAUCCCAGCUUCCAAAUGUAGAAGUCUCCUGAUGGCAUGCUCUCUUAAUUUGAUGUCGUGCUACCUAAGAACAAAGCAGUUUGAUGAGUGCAUAAGCGAAGGUACAGAGGUCUUGGCACUUGAUGCAAAGAAUGUCAAAGCUCUUUACCGCAGGGGUCAAGCAUACAAUGAAGUAGGACGACUAGAAGAUGCAGUGUCUGACUUGAGCAAAGCACAUGAAGUUUCUCCUGACGAUGAAACUAUCGCAGAUGUCUUAAGGGGUGCUAAAGAAAGAUUCAUGAAAGAAAGUGGAGAGCAUGCUUCGAGAGGGUUAGUUAUUGAAGAAAUAACAGAAGAAGUCCAGACGGUUUCACCUGAAAUCUGUGAAAGUAAACCUACAGAAUAUCCUGUCUCACGACCAAAAGAAACCAGUGGCUGCUCUAAUGGUCGAAUUGACAUCCCCGAUGUGGUUCCAUCAACAGAUACAGAGUCUUUACAGGCUUUAAAAGAUGAUCCAGAAUCUAUCAGAUCCUUCCAAAAUUUUAUUUCUCGCGCUGAUCCAGAAACUCUGGCUGCUCUGGGCGGUGGAAAAGUAGAGGGGAUAUCUCCUGAUAUGGUGAAGACUGCCUCGAAUGUGAUUAGCAAGAUGUCACCUGAAGAACUUCAAAGAAUGGUACAAAUGGCUUCCUCCUUUCAAGGGAAAAAUCCCUAUUUAGGGAAAGGCUCCUCAAACUCUAAUUUCGACAGCUUUAGUCCUGGUUUGGUUCCACCAGACUUGACACCUGACAUGCUUAAAACUGCAACCGAUAUGAUGAGUAAAAUGCCAUCAGAAGAACUUCAGAAAAUGUUUGAGAUGGCAUCAUCUGUGAGAGAAAAAGCUCCAGGAUCAGCAUCAGCUGCUGCUGCUUUACAUUCUAGUGGGCUUAGAUCAGAUUUUGGGACACCUGACAUGCUUAAAACUGCAACCGAUAUGAUGAGUAAGAUGUCAUCAGAAGAACUUCAGAAAAUGUUUGAGAUGGCAUCAUCUGUGAGAGAAAAAGUUCCAGGAUCAGCAUCAUCAUCAGCUGCUGCUGCUUCACAUUCUAGUGGGCUUAGAUCAGAUAGUGGGUUAGAAACUUCAGAAACUGGGGAAAGUUUUGAAGUUAGUGGAGAUAAUUUUGGUGAAAGUAGUUCUCAAGGUUUUCUUAAUUCAAGAAGUGCUCCUCAGUCGGGCUUUCCAAGCUCGAGUGCUGACCUGCAAGAGAAAAUGAGAAACCAAAUGAACGAUCCAGCUAUGCGGCAGAUGUUCUCAUCGAUAGUUAAAAAUAUGAGCCCAGACAUGAUGGCAAGCAUGAGUGAACAAUUUGGACUAAAGCUUUCGCGGGAGGAUGCAGAAAAAGCUCAACAAGCCAUGUCAUCGUUCUCACCUGACAACUUGGAUAAAAUGAUGAAGUGGGUGGAAAGGAUUCAACGAGGAGUCGAAGGUGCAAGGAAGACAAAAAAUUGGCUACUAGGUAGGCCUGGCAUGAUAUUGGCAGUAUGUAUACUCAUUUUGGCAGUCAUCCUUCACUGGUUUGGUUUCAUCGGCCGUUAGACCGGGACAUGUCUUGGCCAAUCAAACACUGCAGAAUUAAGCAGACCCUAAAACUGAGCUACAAGUCUCAAAACUUUAUUUAUCCCUCAUACUCAUCAGAUCAAAGGAGUGGAAUGCUGGUUGAAGGGUACUUUUAGUGGAAAAGGAUGGAAUUUUGUUAAGUGGAUGAUGAAACUACAAGCUAACAAACUUUUCUCUGUUGUAUGUGAUAUUUACUUGUAAUGAAUUGGUUCAUUAGUUGGACUUCUUGAUGUUCCUUUAAUAAGUCUGCUGGGGAGAUCAGCAUUUUAGGGUAUUUAUAUAAUUGCCAGUAACGGUGUAGCCUAAGUUUUUGUGCAUAAAUUGAGAAUUUAUAAAACUUUUA